GUAACGCUCAGUCCCGCCCAAGGGAGCCGCGGGAGCGCGCGCCGACCGGCUCCUUCCUCGCGAGAGCGCGCGCCGACAGUCCUAUGCCUCCAACUCCCUCGCAGCCCCCCCGCUGCCCUCCGGUCCAGCCAUCCAGGCUCAAUUUAGUAACAGGCAGACGGAGCUGCCUGCAGCAGAUCACAUAACACGCUGUGCUGCAAACCCUUGUUCACUCCCACCAGCUCCCAUCUGCAGCCCACCACACUAGCCCAUGCCGUGUCAUGGCUUCCUCAGGACUCUGGGCCCUGGAUUAUGAGGUCUAUGGGGAUGUGCAAGGUGUCUUCUUCAGAAAGUACACAGAAGACCAGGGCAAGAAGCUGGGGGUGGUUGGCUGGGUGAAGAACACCCCCUAUGGGACUGUGACUGGGCAGGUGCAAGGGCCCAAGGAAAAGAUUGAGAUCAUGGGCCAUAGAAACCUGCCUGCCCAUCCCCCAUCACCCGUGGCAACCAGGAAGGGCAGGCGGGGCAACUUCCGUAGCAACGGCUCCGUCACCUUCAGAGAGAUGACAACCGGAGGCAGUUUCCAUAGCAACAAGUCCCCCUUCCAUCACCUUCAACAUUUGGAGACAGAGAGAGAAGUGGAACAGUUUCCAUAGAAACCAGUCUCCCCCCAUUUCCGCCACCUUCAGGGCUUGAACAAAUUGGGGCCGCUUCUAUAACAGCUAGUCUGCUUCAUUCCCCCAUCCCUUUUCACGAAUGAGAUAAUGGGGGAAAGGCAGGGUCCAUAGCAACUAGUCUCCCCCAUCUUUGCUUCAGGUCCUGGAAGGAGAUAAAAGAGGAGGCAGGUUCCACAUGGACUUUACAGGCUGAACCUGUUUGUGUGGGAUAAUGGCUGGGUAAAUGCCAGCUGUGUAAACAGGGAGCCAGGACUCCUGGGUUCUGUCCCUAGAUCUGGGAAAGGAGUGGUGUCUAGUGAUUAGAGCAGGGGGGCUGGGACUCCUAGGUUCUAUUCCUGGUUCUGGGAGGGAAGUGGAAUGUAUUGGGAGCGGGGGAGGCUGCAACCCCCUGACUCUGGGGUUCCAUCCCUGGCUCUGGGAACGGAAUGGGGUCCAAUGGUUAAAGCAGUGGGGCUGGGAGCCAGAGCUCUCCUUAUGGAUGCUUAUGGAUGCUCUUCCCCCCACCC